AUGUAUUGUCUACAGUUUUUGUUACCUGUUUUGCUAAUACCGAAGCCCAUAAUUCACCCCACCUUUCUCAUAGAUCAUGCUUUGUUCUUAUGGUUCUACAUCAUCGGCUUCAUCAUAAGCAAAAGGUAAGUGUUAUCUUAAUUUGGUUGAGUUUUUAGACCGUGCCACGUUUGUUUACUCCUCUUCUUCGUCGCUGCCUUCUUCUUGUGUUAUAGUGACAUGGAUAACUGUAGUUUAUGGCCGUUGUGUUCAGCUAGAGCAGAAUAUUGA